AUGCCCACGACACCGACUCGAAUUCGAGAAUACGCCAAUCAAACGGACAUUUUCAAGCUUCGACCGCCACGAUCACGCGAAACCGAGAUGAGUAUCACACCGGAAAGAUUUGUUCCUCAAGAAUAUUCGUCGAGUCCAAUCGUCGAGCAUUUAGCAAACUCAAGGGAAGAGAGACCCUCUCCACCAAUGUUUUCUUCUGGCAAUAACAAAAGCGACUCGGAAGCGCUCAAAUUUGAAACAGAGCCCGCAAAACGGCCGACCCUCUUGGAGCAAAUCGUGCGCUCGCAUCCCAUUUGGUUCUUGCAAUCAUUUGGCCGCAGUGCCGCCACGCACUUGCUCAAGCCAAUGCGUCCGGGGACGUUUAUUGUGCGCAGCUCGAGUCGAAACGGCUCGAUGGCGUUGUCGAUUCGUUUACCCGAUGGGCACGAGAUUGACGUGGAUCACUAUGUGAUUGAGCUGUGUCCCCGGGAGAAACUCGUCCGUCUCGAGUCAAGCCCACACAAUUUUCACUCACUUCCCAUUCUGAUUGAGCACUACUGCAAAAGAGGUGAAGAGCUUCAAUGCCGUUUACGACUUCCAGUAGCGGUCAAAGAGUGCGCCACAACGUCGGCUCUUCACAGUUUAGCUUUAAUGGGAGCAGAUUUCUGGACCUCAUCGAUGGCUCUCUCUUCGGUGAGCUCAGCCGGCAGUUCCUCUUCAUCAUCUCCAUCUCCACUUUUGCGACGAGUUCACUCAAGAUUUGAGAGAACUUUGGAGAAAUCGAGAGCCGACGAUAAAGAAAAGGAUUUUGCAAAGAAGCGCCCCUUCUCAUUUCGUUCAAAAUCUGGUGAUGGAAGGAGGAGAGGCACCGCCAACGUUGAAGCGCUGCUUUUCGCGUCGACGCAUCCAAGCCAGCAAAACGUGAUUUCACCGGACACUCCAAGUCCGCCCACGAAGCAUGAAAGGGCCGCUGUCCCUCCGUCUCCAAUUCUGACGCAACGCGGCGAGAUUAUCAGUCGAUCACAUUCAAGGAAUGAGAAAAAGAAACAAGUUCCACCAACCUCUCCGCAGUUGAUUGGAGCGAAAAGUGACGGAAAUCGACGUUCAUUUCUCCGUUCACUUUUCUCUUUCGGCUCUUCUCCUUCCCAUCAUUCUCACCAUCAAAACGUGUCCUCUUCUCCAUCGCAAUCGUCACCGUCGAGAGCUCCGAUUACCCAGCUCGCCAAGUGCCAUUAUUUCAUUCCACUGCCCGACAACAAAGUCAAAGGAAGUCGCUCAGCUUUCGAAUUACAACAACGUUUUGGUGAGGACACAGUGUUCAGCUCGGGGCCAUCGAUGAGGACAUUCAAAGCGAAUCAAGGCGGAGCAACAAUGCUAACGCAUCCCGGAUCACCGUUGAGUGGAUUUCGACGGGAAAAAGCCGACCUAAACUCACCGAUAAACCCAGGCGCACGAAUCGCGAAACAUUUAGAGGGCAGUCCUGGGCCGAAUAUUACAAACUCGCCACGAACCGAGCGUGUCCCAUUGCGACCACCACAAAACGCGCUCGAUCAGAACGCAAUGCGCAAUUGUGUCGAAGAGUUGCGCAGGAAACGACUUCAAACUGCUGACGAAAUGUUGCGUGGUGAGUCGAGUGGAGACUCAUCGGUGAACGGAGAAAUACAACAAGACAACAUUAGAAAUCGUGUCACUGGUGGCUCGUGGCGGGGUCCAUCAAGAGAGCAACGUCUCUCCGUGCCGAAUAUGCCCGACGAGGCCGUUUUGCACUCCGCGCGGGCGAUUCGCGAGAAAAUCGGCAGAACCGAGGCCGGGGAAUUAAGGGCAAUCAACGAGGGUUUGAUAACACCUGUCGUUCGUCGGAAACAAUUCACCGCUCCUUUCACCCAAAAUCCACAAGAAAUUGAGACGAUGAGCACAGGCAGUGAAGAAGAAAGAAAAGAUAAUCCACCGCACGGCAUGGUGAGCCGCAAUCGGGAUGCGUUGGAAGCGAUUUUGGACCCAUCAAGAAAACCGGAUGCUCUAUUCCCAAGACGAUAUCACAGUGAACGAUCGCGAUCCUCAAGACAACUUGAAGAGACAAAGAAAUUCGAUUUCUCAACGAAAGAGCCAAAAUUCGAAGAGGAGAAGAACAAUAACACCAAGGCAGCGCAAGUUUUCAUCCCGCAACAGCCUGGCCAUUCCACUUGGGGAGCGAUCGCCGGCGAGUUAAAAAAUCGACAAAAGAUUGCGAAGGUUCGUCCUACUCCACACGUUCGACUCGGCAUCACCAAAGCAAAUCCAUCGACAACAAGUGGAAUGGCGGUGAAAGAAGAAAGCGCUUCUCCUCACGCAAAAGCCCAUUCCGAUUACGCGCAAUUGGGCGAUUUCCAUUUGUGCUCACCAAAUUCCACAGCUCCGAACUCGAGCACUUCAAGUUUAUUAUUCCCAAAAGACGAAGACGCCGUGUCAGUUGCGGGAACGGUUUUCAACGAGCCUUGGGACAGUAAUGUUUGGGAGAAUCUAUUGGACUUGGCUCAGCACGGCGAUCCGCGGCCGAAUCGAAUGAACGAAACAAUCACUGAAGAGGAGGACACAAGCUCGGAUCGAACCGGGGAAAGCAGUCAGAUGCAGGAUUCGGACGAUGAAAUGGAUCUUCCCCUAUCAACGAGCUACUACAGCUCGUCCACACAACGCAAAAUCCCUUCCGAUCAUGUGACGGUGAAAGCAUGGGAGAAAGAGAACAGUCAUUAUAGCAAUUUCGCGACGAUCGACUCGAGACGCGAGGGCUCACAGAGGGGAACUUUGGGAAGAAAUCGGAUACCAAGCCCCGAACCGAGCAUGCAUUCGUUACCCCGCGCCGUUUCCCGUUUCUCUGAGGCCUGCAUGGGUAGUUUGGACGAUUUGCCUACCCUUCAAAAUCUCAAUUCUUUCUCGCCGUUGAUCUCGAGUCAACGAAAGAAGCCACAAACGGAAGAAUUCGGAGCGAUCACCAUUCAGAAAUAUGUGGAAAAACUAGCUGAAAGCAGUACAACGGUUUUUGGGGCCACAGUCCGACGUUUUAUCGAGUGCACAGUCGAGGGAGAGGAGUGUGAUCCAAUGGUUGUUGUUCGAAAUGUUCGCCAAUUCAUUAACGGAAUCAAGAACUACUUGGUGAAACAUGGAGAAGGCGAUUUGCAUGAGCUAAUCACCAUAGAAACAUCUCGUCUGAACGCGAAUCGAAUCCUCAACAUUGACGCUAUUCUUGAAGCCGUUUUGCACAAGAUUUUGCUGAGACCAGUGAAGCCACAUUUGUACCAUUUAAUGGUAAAAGAGCAAUCGAGAAGCGGAACACUCCAAGCUUUAUCUACGAAUCUCUCAUUGGCAAAGGGAAUGUCACUAAAAGAGCUUGGUUUUCGCAAUCCUGAACAGCUCGCGCAGCCAAACGCGAUGACAAUGGAGCAGAUUAAAGUGUGUCUACGGAAAAUGCAACACCACUAUUCACCAUUGAAGAAAUUCGAGAACUUAUUGAGAGCAGUUUCUCUUGUGGCUCAACCGGAUCGUUGGUCGUUGGAUGAGGAGAAUUCGGGAGGAGUGAACGCAUCGGAAACUCUUCAAAGAACGCAAUCGAUUCACAUUCCGAAUGCAGAUGAUCUCGUUCGCUGGUUUGUCUAUAUUCUUUCGAGAACGUCGACGGUUGGGUGUGAAGUGGAAGCGUGGUACAUGUGGGAGCUUCUACCGCAACAAAUGAUCACACAGGGCGACGCCUCAUUCUAUUUGGGCGCUCUCUUCUCCGCAGUUCACAUUCUCAAAAAUGCGGACGCGAUUCGGCGAAUGUCCGACGAUGCGAGCGUCAGAAGCACUUUGGACCUCUCUCGAGCGUGCACGUCAAACUCGUCUCUUUCAAGUGAUGCCUUUUUGAGGGUGGCCGUGCCCGAUGAAGUGAAUGGAUGCAUUCGCUACUGUACACUGCCCGGUGUUCCGCAAAUGACAGUAAGCAAAAUUUGCAAAGUGGUCGCUCAUCAACAAGGGAUCACGAACCCGGAGGACUAUGGAUUAUACAUUCUCCGCUCGGGUUUCGAGGACUGUCUUCAUCCCACCGAUUCCCCAUUCUUGGUUCGAGAAGUGGCGAGAAGCCAUCAAACACCGCAUCUCUUUGUCUACAAAAGACAUGACGCGAAAAUCGCCUGGCCUCAGCAAUUGCCCGUGGCGAGGAGUCCCGCCAUUGGUGGGCACACUUUGCCACAAUUAUCCAUC